GUUGAGUGUUGUAGAAGUUUUGUUAGAAUAAGGUUUAUUUUUAUAUUAGUGAAUCAUACAUGCGUUUGCGGGACUAUUUAAUUAAAACAACCAAACAUUUCCCGCAGAAUACCCGUGUUCGUGAUUUCUUAUAUCUAUUUAAACCAUUACUGUGACAGUGUUUGGUUUUGUUAUUUUUUCUUUUGGUAUGAUCUCAUAAAAAACGACAAUAAUAAUUAUCAAUGUGCCGCUAUCAGUGAUAAAGUAAUUAAAGUAGUGUCGCAUUGAGGUUAGGGCAGUUGUGCAGAAAUCGUCUUUAGAAUAGUACUGAUGAACCUCUGAUAAAGUAUGAAGAAGCAAUUUUUCCGCGUCAAACAGCUCGCAGAUCAAACGUUUCUCAGGGGAGAAAAAACUGAAGAACUUAACUAUGAGGAAUUACAGGCAGCCGAACGGAAGGUGGAAUAUCUUAAAAGUGCCCUUACCGCUAUUUGCAAAAAGAUUCCAAACGAUGUAUCUUCACAAGAAAAUAAAGAUAAACGACUCAAAAAAUAUACAGAACAUCAAUUGUACACCGUAUUCGAUCAAAGCACCAGGCGAAUAUUUGAUAAUCCGGAAGGAAAUGGCAAACCGGAAGAAAUUUGCGAGCUAUUCCGUGAAAUACUCACGGAAUGUGCACAGGCUGAACUCCAACUUGCCGAAGAACAAUUUGCGCACGAGCUAAAGGUGGAGAACUUUGUUGCUAAACCUCUACAGGAAUUACUUGAUAAGGAAUUACCAAACAUUUUAAGGCUGCGAAAAUCGCUUACCAAACACGUAUUAGAUAAAGAUUCCGCAAAAAACCGAUAUAACAGUGCCGCUAAACAUGGUGCACAAAAAGAAAGCAUUAAAUCGGAAAUGGAAGAUGCUGACAUCAAAGUCGAACAAAGCAGAGAUGCUUUGGCCGCCGAAAUGUUUACCGUUUUGAAGCGAGAGAAUGAAUUGUGCCAGUACAUUUUGCAAUUGUUGAAAUUACAGAGGGCUUACCAUGAAAGUGCCUUAAAAAAUUUAAACGGAAUCAUACCGGAAUUGGAGAAAAAAAUUGGUGACAGUCGAAUAAAACCAAUAUUUGGAACAUCUCUCGAAGAACAUUUACGCGUUACAAAUCGUCGUAUAGCUUAUCCUUUAGAAAUAUGCAUUUGCGCCCUUUCGGAAAUUGGAAUGUCAGAGGAGGGAUUGUUCAGAGUUGCUGGAAGUGUAACGAGGGUAAAACGGAUGAAAUUAUCGAUAGAUUCCGGCUGUUUUUCUUGUCCUUUACUUCCGGAAUACAGAGACGCACACGUGAUUGCAAGUAUUUUAAAAAUGUACUUGCGUGAAUUACCUGAACCUUUAUUAACAAGUAUGUUGUAUUCGGAUUGGAUGCACGCCGUUAGAGUCCCUGAGGAUCAACGCUUGGAUGUGAUGAAGUUCGUUUUACAAAAAUUACCUCAAGCAAACCGAGAUAACCUGACUUAUUUGAUGAAAUUUUUGGGAACUUUAUCUAAACAUCCAGAAACGAAGAUGACUUCUUCAAAUAUUGCGAUUGUUAUGGCCCCCAAUUUAUUGUGGGAUCGCCGGAGUGAUGAUAUGUCAAAUUGUACUGUUGCGAAUAUGGUUGUUGAGUAUUUUAUAAAUAAUGUGGAUAAAUUAUUUGAUAAAGAUAUCAAUGAAUUUUUGGAUUUAACGAGUGGCGAUUUAUUCGAAGAGUGUGAAUUUCAAAGGACAACUGUUGCAGCAACAGUGAAGCACCAUGAAAGAAAUUUUGAUACUGAAAGUAUAAGCAGCCAUAUGGACAGUCCAAAGAUAACAACUCGGAAAAGAAAGCCAGUUGCUCCUGGUCCUCCAACAAGGCAAGGUAAUGAAGGUAUUGAAAAUCCUAUUGAUGUACCAAAAUCAAGUCUUGACACGGAAUUUAAUAAUUUACACAUUGACAAAACGAAACAGAUUCUUAUCGAUCAAAAUUCCGUAACAUUUUCUAGUCGUUUUCCUGAAAAUAAAGUUGAAAAUUCUGAGAACAAGUCUUAUUAUCAAUCCGGAAGUAUGACUCUAACGCGACAACCGAAGAACAAAGCCGUACAAAAUGUAAAUAGCGAUGACGAAACUAAGUCGUUGAAACGACGAAGUUUAGCGGAAGAAGCAGCACAAGUUUUAGAUGAUUCUAAAACCGUAGAUCAUAAAUAUGUACCCUUAUCAAAUACAGUAAAUAUACAAUUAUCUACCGCGAAACCUGUUCAUCAAAUCACAGCACAAAAUGCGGAUAUAGUUUCCGCAAAACCUCCAAUAUGUGAACCACCAAAACCAAAAUUAGAUGAUAAAGAAGGCAGUCAACAAUUUAUUAAACAAGAAACAUUAAUGACGAGAUCGUUAAAUUCGAUAACGGACGAUAUUGAUCCUUCACAAAUUAGAAAUCCUCAUAAACCAGCUGUGCCAGUUCGUCCCGCUUCAUUACGUGGUCCAAUUCGUACUGACGCCGCCGCCGCUAAUGACGUUCAAAGAACUCAAUGUUCCGUUUACAAUGUUCCGCACAAACAGCAACCUAGUAUUGUAACUUUACCAAAUCGUUCCUUGGGCCAUGAUACGCAAAUGGCUGAGAAAGAAAAGUUUUUAGGGCAUCAGCCGGAUAAACCGCGUUCCUCUAUCGAGAAUAAAUAUAACGACAUCAAUUCUAACUGUGAUCCAAAAACUACUAGAAAACCUGAUGUACCCUCGAAACCUCCCCACAGGAAGUCAAAUGAAAUGUUAAACGCUGAAACUACCACUGAAAAAUGUAAUGGAAAUAAGACUAGUCAUACACGGACGAGAUCCGAUGGGAAUAUUGUCGAGCAAGUCAAUUUAUUGACUACACCGCCAUCACCAAAAGCUUUGAACAAACCAACGCAGCCUCCGCCGCCACCUCCCGUUAAAAUUAAAGCGGAAGGUGAUAGUAAUAAUAGUACGGACCUGUAAUUUUUAAUUUUUACCCUACUCUAGUGAAUUUGGUGAUUACAAAAGUAUAUAUAUUUAAUAAUAUAUUGUAUAAUUUGUAUUAUACCCAUCGUGUAAUAAGUCUAGUUGCGAUUAUUGUAUGUUAUAUUUGACUGAAAACAAAACCUUUUUUGUAAGUAUUUUUUGCCUUUAUCGCUAUCUUUAAUCUACCAUCACUCUACAUUUCUACUCGUUCGAUUCGUUUCUUAACCUUAACCAAAAUGCGAUGGUGCUUCUUUUUCCUGUUAUUGUUUUGUGUAGAAGUGAGUAAUAAUCGUUAACAAUCGUCUUGUGAUUGCCUUAAUCAAAACAUUAGAAUUCAUAUUGUUUUUGUUUUGUUUUAAUUUGUCGUUUACAAAUUUUAAGUUGAAAAACGUUUUAGUUUUAACAUUCCGUCGGCAUUUUGUUUGAGUAACGGAGGG